AUGCUGAGGACGCCUGAGAACUUCCUUCGUAGCUGCUCCUUGGACUCCUCCCCAAGCCACGGACCCCUUCGUGGUAUUUCAGGUGCCUCGGCGGGUUCCUGGGCACGCUUGACCUCUGGAGCCUCAUUGGGAGAUGCUGAGCAAUCGAGAGAGUUUCGACGAGGUUUCAGUGAAGAUGAUUUAGCCGUGGCGUGUGAACAGAUUUUCCGCUCGAUGGAGAUGGAGCGCUUGCCAUUGUUCGAGUUACUGUGCGGCCUGGGUCACACCGAAAUGGAGGCGAGAGUGAUGGAGACGCAGUUGCUGCCGCUCCUCCCUUCCACCAAGGAUGGAACCGUGAGUUGUCAAGAGCUUCUGAAGUUUCUGGCAGGGAGCGCCAAGGACGAAGCCCUCCUGAGACUGGCGAGCGGCGGAGCUCCGUGA